AGGGCAGGGGGCGGGGCAGCCUGCGGAAGCGCUUUCCCCGUCGUGCGGGUCGGGACGAGGGUCCUGCGAGCAAGGCCCCUGGUGCAGGCCGUAGGAACAUUUGAUUGAAAGGAAGAACUUCGUUGUUUAGAAAUUAACUCACUCAUGUGCCUUAUUCCAAAUUCAGUACACUCCCUUUGAUACAUCACAUCUGUUUGUCGUGGGAAUAUUUUUAAGGUUACAAACUGAGAAAGAAGGAGCAGCAGAUUAAUUUUUAAGUAACAAAGUUCCUAUUUUCAUGAACAACAACAAGCAGAGAAGGAAAAAAGUACCCAGAACAUAUUAGAUCAGAGCUGAAUUGCUUCAAAACAGAAUAUUUUUCAGUUUUCCAUUAGGAGUCAGUGACUACAUUUUAUUCGAUAGUUUCAGUAUGUUUCUGUUACAUGUACAAUAGAACCUCGCCAAUACGAACACCAGAGUUACAAACUAACUGGUCUGCACACCUCAUUUGGAACCAGAAUUACGUGAUCAGGCAGCAUCAGAGAAAAAAAAAGGCAAAUACUGUAUGACUAAGCAAAAUGGCAAGCAGUAGGAAGCGCAAACGUGUCACACUUUCAAUUGACACAAAACUAGAAAUAUUAAAAAAACUAGAAAGUGGUGUUAGCCUCAGCAACAUAGCAGUAGAAUAUGGUAUUGGGAAAUCCACCAUCACCGAUAUUCGGAAAAGCCAGGAAAAAAUAAAGCAAUUUGCAAAAGAAGCCAAAGACAACGGAACAGUAAAAAGCAGGUGUAUUGUACGCAAAGCUGCUGAUGAUGCUUUUGAUAAGGCAAUGCAUCUGUGGUUUGCACAAGAGAGGUCAAAAGGCACUCCUAUAAGCGGUGUGAUGGUUACAGAAAAGGCAAAGUUACUCUACCGAGAAAUGUAUCCAGACAAAGGUGAGAACCAUUUUAAAGCAAGCACAGGAUGGCUCUGUCGGUUCAAAAAUCGGCAUGGAAUACGGCAGUUGAGGAUGCAAGAAAUGUUCCUGACAACUGACUGGAAUGCUGCUGGUGUAUUUAAAAACAUUUUCAAAUCAUUUAUUGAACAACAUGAACUUACUCGGGACCAAGUGUUUAACUGCGAUGAGACUGGCUUGUAUUGGCGCCUGCUUCCAAACAAGACUCUGGCAGACAGUUCAGAAAAACAGGCGAAGAAUUUCAAAUCCAGUAAAGAUCGGGUCACGCUGAUGGCUACCGCUAAUGCAAGCGGGGAUUUCCGUCUCCCAUUGGUGUUCAUUCACAAAAGGGCGAAACCUCGCUGCUUUGCAAACGUCACUAUGUCAGCUCUACCUGUCCAUUACUACAGCCAGCGCUGUGCUUGGAUGGAUAAAGGCAUUUUCUCCGACUGGUUUUUUAAACACUUUGUUCCGCUUGUGAAAGACUACCUUACCUCAAAAUCGUUACCUAUCCGAGCUGUGCUACUGAUGGAUAAUGCGCCAUCUCACCCUGCCAUUGAAAAUCUAUUGACGGAAGACGGAAGCAUUCGGUGUUUGUUUUUGCCACGAAACGUCACCAGCCUCGUUCAGCCAAUGGACCGAAGUGUUCUGGAAAACAUGAAAUGUCGAUACAAGCGAAACCUCUUACAGCGAUUAUUAUUGGGAUCAAUGCAAUUUGAAUCUUACACAGAUUUUUGUAAACAGCUGACAAUCAAAGAUGCUGUCUACAUGUGUGCCGAGUCCUGGAGUGAGAUUAGCUCUGAGUCUUUGAGACGCAAAUGGAAUACACUUUGGCGGUGUAUUGAUAACACUGAACCAGAUAAUUUGGAAAACAGUGACCGGAUGGAAAUAAAUCAACUAGAUUUUUCUAAAGAGCGACAGCUUUUGGAUAUCACCACUGAGGAACAGGAGGAAUGGCUAAAUGCAGAUAAACAUGAGAACGGACACCCUAUUCUUACUGACCAUGAGAUAAUUGAAUUGGUACGAGAAACAGCACAACCAGACAGUGACAGUGAUAAGGAGGGGGAGAAUGCCAAGAAGGUCCCACACAUGCAAGCAGAAGAGUGCUUCACUGCCUGUCUUCAAUGGCUUGAACAACAGCCUGAAGCCACACCGAUUAACCUAAUGAUGCUUCACAAGCUACGCACCUUGGCAGCAAAAAAGCUUGUGAGCAACCUCAGGCAAAGUACCAUUAAAGAUUUUUUCAAGUCUACAUAGUUUAUGCUGUAAAGUUAAGCAAGAAAGUUAAGUUUGGAUACUUUUCUUUUUUAAAUUGUCGUUAUAAAGACUAGUACCAGUAUGUUUUGCUGCCGCAUUUUUUUAGUGCUAUUUGAAUGGACAUUUAAAUUGGUGGCGCUUAUGUUGGCUUUUUUUUCAUGGAUAACUAACGCUAAAAAAGAAGCAAGAGAAAUUACUUAAAAUUGAAAUCUGGUAUUGUGUUAAACGUAAACUACUAGAAAAAGGGAAAGGUGUUUUUCUUUUUUUUUAAAAGAUUUGACAAGGUAAGGAAACGGUUUCUGUGCUUGAUUCAUUUAAAUUAAGAUGGUUAAAAGCAGCGUUUUUCUGCUGCACAGUAAAGUUUCAAAGCUGUAUUAAGUCAGUGUUCAGUUGUAAACUUUUGAAAGAACAACCAUAACGUUUUGUUCGGAGUUAUCAACAUUUCAAAGUUAGGAAAAACCUCCAUUCCAAAGGUGUUUGUAACUCUGAGGUUCUACUGUAUUGUAUAUUAUGAGCUCCCUCUGGUGGUCACAGUUGGCACUUAACUUCCCUGUUACGUAUUUAUUUGACGAACAAUCACUUUGCAGAGCCUAUGGGGGUGUGAGCCUAUCAGAUGCUUAGCAUUCUGGCCUGAUCCAGCAAAACACUUAAGCACAUCCUUAACUUUAAACAUAAGGGUAGGCCCAUUGACUUCAGUCUGUUGUGCAGGAUCGAACUCUUCCUGAACAAUGGAGCUAACUGCUCAUGGUAGUAAGCAUUAUGCUUGGUGUUAAGUGUUUGCCGUUUCAGGCCUUACGCGGGCUGACUUUGAUAUAGGAGGGAGACUAUGGUUUUAAAUCAUGCUUUAUUAAAAUUCAGUCUCCUGGUUGUUAGUGGUUCCCACAUCUGUUGCAUCUUAGUUGUUUUUUUAUCUCUGUUUGCAAAAAUCUCUAUAAUUCUGCAUUAAUUGUGUUUUCAAAAAGGACUUUCGCUGUCAGUGUGACAGAUGUGGCAAUUUCCUUAAAUAUCAUGGUCCAGCCUUAUUGAAUGACGUUAAAGCUUAUUGAAUUAAUAUUCAGUAUCUUAGGAGUUCAUUAUAUUAAAAAUGAAAAUGUGUAUGUAUUAUCGUGGGAUUGUAUAGAACAUCUCUAGGGAGGAAACCUGGCUAAACGUUUACCCUAGCAAGUGUUAUGAGCUUAGAAGACUCUUUGAUACAAUGUCCUAGACAAACAAAUUAAAGUGGGAUUCCUAGGAAAUAUUUGGGAAGAGGUGAAGGAAACUUCUCACCUCUGGACCCACCCUUUGACCCUGUGCUCUGAGGAAAAAAGUAAAGCAGACCUGCUCAGGCGGUCUGACUUUGCUGGGGAAUUCACAGUGUAGACAGGGAACUGCUCAGCCUGGAAAGUCAUAGAUUCCAAGCCCAAAAGGGGCCAUUGUGAUCAUCUAGUCCAGGGGGUUCUCACAACAAAUUUUUGGUGGCCUCAGAGUGCAGCCACCAACUCUUGCUGGUGGUCGCUCUGAUAAUUUUUCCUAAAAUACUUAACUUUAGGAAAAACAAAUAAAUAUGCACAUACACACAUCCAAAUCAUUGUAAUUUAUUUAUAUAGGGGAUUUUUUGCAGACUCAAUAAUAAAAAUAAUGGACAGUUCUGUCUAUUCUUUACUGCACCUAAAGAGAAUAGAAACACAAAUAAGGUGUUUGCAUGUUCUUGUCUUUUUGCUGCUGUUUCUUUUGCUUUUUUCGUUGCUUUUUUUUUUAGACUUAGUAGCUAGCAAGUCUGCUGCUGUGAAAAGUGAUAUUUGUAUAUUAAUAUCAUUUUUACAGCCUCCCAGCUAGCUUCUAAGUCUUGUAGCCAAUGAUUUUAGUUUAUUGUUCAUUUAUUAUGUGAUAUUAUAUUAACUAACAUGUUAUGUCCUAUAUAAUCAUUGUAUGUUAAAUAGAGUUAAAUUGUAGGAUUGUAGAAGUAUAAGAUUGAUCAGUAGUUAGGAGGGAUCAUUAUUUAUUAGGUAUCUAAGUAAAUAGGGCUGAAACGCAAGGCCUACAGGCUGAGGCCUGUAAGAUUUCUGCUUAGCCGUGCUAGGCUUAAGAAAUGCUUGACAUAAGUAAGUGACCAAAGAAUGACCCUAUGCCACAAGAUUAUGGGAAAAGAUGUACUAAUGGGUGAUAUUCCAAAAAAUUAACAAUAAGAGUAAUAUUUUGCUUACAAGAUACGUGGUAGUCACAUUUUUCUAACACAUGCCCUAACCACAGGGUUCGCUAUGGGUGUAAAUGCUAAUGAUGUAUAGUCAGAAUCACACUUUAAAAAGAGGGCGCCCAGAUUAGGAAAAUUGAGCUCCCUAUGGGAAACUCCAGCAGGAACCAUCCCUCUACUGAUGAUCAGUUAGCAAGGCAGCCAUCAGACCUUAAGAAUAUCAUUAAGGAUGUGAGUAUGGCUAUAUAUGUAACUUGUGCAUAGGUGUGUAUGGAAUUUCUAUAUGCUUGGGUAAUCAUAACUUUAACUGUAACUUUAAUAAAACUUGGAAAACAGA